AUGCCACCAAAGGAGAAAAAGGAUAAGGAGGAUAGACCUUACAAGUGCAUAUUUUGCGAAAAAGCAUUUCAUAGGUUAGAGCAUCAGACGAGGCAUAUAAGAACUCAUACUGGAGAGAAACCUCAUUGCUGUACUUUCCCGCUGUGUACCAAAAGAUUCAGUAGGUCCGAUGAAUUAACUAGACAUUUAAGAAUUCAUAAUAAUCCAACGGUUCCUGCACCUUCCAGAAAGAGAAAGACAAAGAAUGAUAACGGUCAAGAGGACAAGACUUCUUCGCGUCCCGUUGGUAUUCAACCACGUCAACUACCACUACAACAACAGCAGCAGCAAUUACCUCUACAGCAGCAACAGCAACAACAGCAACAACAGCAACAACAGCAGCAGCAGCAACAUCCGCAAAAGAUCUUUCUUAAUUCCUACAUAAAUAACCCCGGUAACAAUCCAUACCAUCAACCAAUUUCUGUUUAUUAUGCUCCACCACCGGGAGCAGGUGGCUACAUGGGUUCGGUUGUGCAAUCGCAACCACCAUCUCAACAGGUUACUAAUCAGCAACUUCCAAUAGCAUCUUCGCAGCCAUCAACGGUCCUAAAUCAUCCACAAAGAAGUGCUUCUCCUCUUCAUCAUCAUCUGCUACAUGGUACAGCUGUUUUUUCCAUUCCUUCAUCUCCUACCAGUGUCCAACAAAGCCAAAACCAAAACCAAAGCCAAAGCCAAUCGUUUUUCAAUCACCAAUCUGCAUCACAUUCAGCUAACAACUUAUCAGUGAGUUCCCAACCAUUGAUGACGCAAAAAACAUUGUCUUCAGAUACAGUAAGACAGUACUCUCAUCAUCAGCUGCAGUCAAAUGUUGCACCUUCAUUUCCAAAUGGUCAAUUAUCCUUAGCUACUCAUCAAUCAAGAAUUCAAAAGUCUGAAUCUACAUCUAGUAUUUCAUCAGAAAAUCAGAAAGUUUUCAGUAAUAAUAACUCAGCCACUCAGUCCUUGGGAACGUCACCUGAAACUUCUGCUGCUUUAAUGCCACCUCCACAACAGAUGCCCUUUCCACCACCUUUUUCGUUUACAAAUUUAAAUGACUAUUUCCAAAAGAACAAUAAUAGCAAUAACAACAAUAAUAUUAGUAAUAUGAAUACUAAUAGUAAUACUGCUAUUAACAAUAAUAAUAUCAGUGCAGCAUAUGGUGGCGGUACAAAGUUGUUUAAUACCAGUUCUUCGUCCUUGUCUUCAUUGGGAGGUAAAAUCAGAACGUCUGCUUCAGCUACAAAUCUUUCUGGCUUACAUAGAAUGACUCCAUUAAAACCAAUAUUCUCGCAUCAACCAACAACAGCAUCUACACCAGCUAUAGCUACAGUUAUGAGAUCCGAAAAUAGCCACCUUCCACCUAAACAAGUGUCCUCGACGUCGCUAAACCUCGAAUUUUACAAUAGUCUGCAGUCUGGUGGUGAUGGUAGUGGUGGCCAUAUUUCGAAAAAGUCAAGGCCAAGCUCUCCAUCAAUGUUUCCAUCAACAACUUCUGUCACUCUCCACUUAUCCAAUUCGAGAUCAAAAAUUGGCAAUUCUGCAUUUGUUAUAUCCCCCAACGAAACACCACUACAAACACCAAGUCAAUCGCCACACUUACAACCAAUGGCUUUGGAUACUCAACUUCUACCAUCCAAGACCAUUCAGGAGAAUGAGUUUUUAAAUGACAAAUUUGAUAGCAUUUCAACUACAGGAACUAGAUUACCACCAAUCCGGUCGGUCUUAAGCUUUACAUCACUUUGCGAUUUACCUCAGUACCCUUCUCGGCCACCACCACCACCACCACAACAACAACAACAGAAGCAAAAACAAUUACACUUACAGAAGGAGCAAGCGUCGGCUACUGUUCCUAAAUAUACAGAUUCUGUUGCUAGUUCAGAGUCAUCACCACAGUCCGAAGAGAAUAAUAUCAGGCUUGAUAAUCAAGGGUUCAUGAAGUUAGAAAAUCUUUUAACGUAA